AUGAAGUUCUCUCUCCCAAUUACGAUCCUGGCGGUUGCCGCCUCGGUCGACGCCGCGGCGCUGACCUCCGACCUUGACAAGAGCUACUGCGAGGCCGAUGGCCAGGCCUGCAACACCGUCAAGCGCGCAACCACCGCCUUCUCCAACGCUAUCCAAGAGAACCACAACCUCGUCACCCGCGACAUCACCGAGGGCGAGACCUCCGUGAUCGCCGCCCGCCAGCUCCGCGAGCUUGCCCUAGCCAUUGCUGCCUCGCACGACAACCCGGCCGCCUUUUACCAGGCGCUCGGCUUCAAGGGCGAGGGCGCCAACGAGGAAGCCGCUGCCACCCACACCAAGCGUGAUGACAUCCCCAACAAGGUCCAGCGCGAGGCUUCGCCCUGGUGCACCCAGUUCCUCGGCAUGCCGUGCAGGAAACGUGAGGCCAAUCCCAACCCAGAGGCCGAACCCUUCUGCGCCGAGGCCCACGGCCAGCCAUGCUGGACCCGCCGCAGCGCCCCGGUCACCCCGGUCACCCCGGUCGUUCCCGACCGAGUCAAGCGUGCGCCUGAGCCGUGGUGCACCGAUUUCCUCGGCCAGCCGUGCUGGAAGAAGAACAAGCGCGAGGCCGCCCUGGAGCCUGCACCGGUUGAAGAUGCCGACCACAACGCCUCCAUCGACAAGCGCGAGGCGUCUCCCGAGGCCGAGGCCGAGCCCGAGCCCGACCGGUAUUGCACCCGUUUCACCGGCUCCUCGUGCUGGAAGCGCGACGAAACUGCCGAGGCGCUCGAGCAGGUCAAGCGCUGCACCAACGAGGGCCAGGCGUGCUGGAAGGCCAAGCGGGCCGCCGCGGCCGUCAUCAACGCCAUUGAUGAGGGCAGCUCAUUGAAGGCGCGCCAGUUUGAGAUAGGCUGGUGUCGUGAGUUCCUUGGCAUGCCUUGCUGGAAGCGUGAUGCCACCUGCCACGGUCCCGCUGGCGUUUGUACCAAGGCCACUCGCGACUUGCACGCCAUGUACAACGCUGCCCGUACCAUCAUCGAGGCUUAG